CGUUUCGCACAAGCCCACCUCACCCCACCCGCACGACCCAGCACCCCGCGCGCCGCCGCCCGCCGGCUGCUCGUCCAGCGCCCCUCGCCGCCCUGGUCUAGCGCCGGUGCGCCUGCGUGGUGGGCCGGCCGCGCCCCUCGCGGCCUCACGCCUCGUCCUUGCCGGCUCGCCCAGCGCGGGAGGCGACAGCGCUCGGCUCCUCUCCCAGCGCGGCAAGCGGCGGCGCAGCACGCCGGCGCUCCUCGGCCCUCGCCUCGCGGGCCGCGUCCCAGGUUCCCAGUCCGGCCACCCGUUCUUGCCCCCGCGGCAACAUCGGGUAAAUGGGGAAUUUUCGGGUAAAUUUUGGGUAGAGUUUUGAUUACCCGAAUUACCUAACCCGAUUUUCCCAAAUUACCCGAAUGCCCGGUGCUAAUCGUAGGCAGGUCCUUAAGGCGUUCGAUCCGGACGGUGGCGGGCGAAGAUGUUGGACAUACAGAAGCGGCGCGUGCGGCUGAUGCUCUUCAUCAUGGGCGUCCUUGCUCUCAGCAUGACUGCUGAGAAGUUCAGGGAACUUGUUGGAAAGGAGGCUGCAUCAAAGAGUGGUCAGUUCAGCUUCAUGAACUGCUUUGACAUGGGUUCUGGCAGCCUUGCAUGCUCAGUGAAGGAGGGUGUCAAGUUGUAUGUCAAUAACCUUCGAACUGCACAGCUGGAAAGGGUGCGGCAACAUGCCAUGGAGAGAGCAUUAGCCGAUGCAAUGACAGAAGGCCUAACUCCUGCGGAAGCAGCCAAGCAAGCUCAGAAGGUCAGUACAAAAGCGGCAAAAGUGGCUGCUCGUCAAGCCAAACGAAUAUUGGGGCCAAUAAUUUCUUCUGGUUGGGACUUCUUUGAAGCAAUGUACUUUGGUGGAAGCAUGACAGAAGGUUUUCUCCGGGGCAGUGGCACCUUGUUUGGAACUUAUGCGGGCGGUUUCCACGGUGAGGAGAGGUUUGGAAAACUGGGAUACCUCGUGGGAAGCCAACUAGGAAGCUGGGGCAGGGGAAGAAUUGGACUGAUGAUUUAUGAUAUCAUAAGUGGCCUGAAAUAUAUGCUUCAAUCUAUCCAACCUCAGAAUGAAUCAUCAUAUGCUUCAGAAGAUGGUUCAGAAUACAUAGAUAGUUAUACAAGCCAUGAAAGGGAGGAGUCAACUUACUAUGAAACAUUGGAGGAGAAACAGGAAGAGUCAAAAUGGUUUGGAUUGUUCUGAAACUGCAAAUCGAAGUGUGCUGUGUUAUACUGGAGCAUGGAAACAAUUAGAUUGUUGUGUUAUACUUGGCUGAAUGUUUAGCAUCGUUUUGUAAGGUUACAUAGAAGAGGUAUAAUUCUUCUUUGUAAGUCGUAAUUCGUGUGUUUGGCUACUGUAUAUAUAGAAAAGUGCGCAUGCAACUCGUGAUAUUGUGCAGAAUGCGCCACGGAUAGGCAAAUUACAGCAAUACUGAACCACUUACGAAAGUUAUGAGUUUCUCUAGUA